AUGAAUGGGAAUAGUAAGCCUCACUUAAUCUACAACGACACCUUUCACGACAGUGAACGCAAUAUAUCACAACUGUCCUCCUCACCGGAUUGCGUCAGCGCCAACAUUCCCGCACCCCAAUUGCAGUGCUCUCCCAAGGAGGGAUUUAAUUCUAUUCUCAGCUUCUGGUCCGAGAUGGAACAAGCCUCCAGUCGAUCCGCUUCUGUAACUACGCCUCGGUGUACUCUGCCCAUGACAAAUGGAUUUUCGCGUCUUCGAGGUGUAAAUGGACAGCUUAGUUCAGGCACUACCAGUGACAUGGACUCCAUCUCAAACUCAACUAGUAGUAAGCCGUUGACAGGAGAAGCGGUAAAGGCUCCAGACUCUUCUGUUCCUUCCAUUCACUCCGAGGAGUCAUCCGACAUUGAUAAUCUCAGCACGACUUAUGAAAUUGUUGUCCCUCCUAAACCCCCUAAAAUCAUGAAAUCACAAUCCACUCAGCCGAAAACUUUCCUUCCCCCCAAUGGUGUCAGUUAUGGAGAGUACACCAACCUAUCGGUACCAGCUAAUCCACAACCACGAUUAAUUACAAUAGAAAGAGAAGAAAGCCCUCCCAUUCUACCUCCAAAAUCACCACUUUUGCGUUCAAUUUCCCGAAUUAACGGAGAUGAGAAAUCAUCACGGACACCUUCUCUGAAUGGAUGCAAAACAAUGCCACAUUUGAAUGGAAAUGGACAUGAUUUUGAGGCAAAACGCAAAUUGUCAGUACAACCGGUAAAAGUCUCUGCCAUAGACACGCCUGUCAAUUGUGACAGUAAAGGCAAUUGUUUCAAUCCCAAAUUUCGCUAUUCUUUUCACCGACCGCCAGAAAAACCCCCAAAACUCAUUUCUACUCGAUCCAGCUCAGUUUAUCCCCGGGUUCAGACCAUGUCAACUGAAAAGCCACUUAGACCGUCAUCAGAGAUGCAGACUUCCAGAGGACUUAUACAAGUUCGCUAUCCAAACAUGAGCAUUACCAGUUCACUUUCGACCUCAAGAAUGGAGGCUAAUCCCAGUCCCACCAGGACGUAUUACAGACCUCCUCCUAGGCGCUUUUCAACGUCUAGAAUCGAGGGUCCAAGUCAUCAUCAUCAUCAUCGUGGUUAUUCGAAUGGCGAGUCUAAGCGAUCCAACAGCCAUAUUAGUACAUCACCUUGCCUCUUUUCGGGUUGGAGGAGUUCUCGACCAAGUAGUGAGAUGAGGCACCAUCCGUCCAAUAAGGCCUCCAACAGAUCCACUGCUGCUGCCGGUGGUAGUGGCGCGACGGAUACGUCGUCGAAUAGUCCCAACGCCUCCGAUGAGAGUUUGGUGACUGUGCGAAUUUGGCCCAGUCCAGAGGGACAAUACGGAUUUAAUGUGCAUGGUGGAGUUGAUUACAAAAAACCUGUCAUUGUGACUCGGGUUGGGGAGAAUUUGCCUGCUGGUACUGCCACUCCUCGUCUGCAUCGUGGUGAUCAGAUAAUUCGUAUCAAUGAUCGAGACAUCUCUGAUUACACCCAAGAUCAGGUGAUCAGUACCAUCCAAAAGGCGGCGAAAAGUCGUACGGGUUAUUUGGAAUUGGUAGUGAAACCUGACAGUAAGUAA